GAAAGGCCUUCAGUUGUUAACUGACUACCAGACCUUGUCAACAUGCUCGACAUUCGUCCGCUUACUCCGGAGCUGCAGAAGACUGCGAUCGAUGAGUUGAACGAAAGACCGGAGAGGAUUGAAAAGGAUAUUGCCGCACUGCGAUUGUGGAUCAGUCAACAGCCUCAUUUGAAAGCCCGUACCACUGAUCAGUUCCUGGUGAACUUCUUAAGGGGCUGCAAGUACAGCCUAGAGAAGACCAAUAUCCGCACCAAGUAUCCGGAGUACUUUAUUGGUCACAAUGUGGAUGUCGACAAGUUAUUAACGUUAUUCCGCCUCGGAACUGCUGUUUACUUACCACGCCCACUGAAUGAUAAUGGACCACGUAUAGGCAUUAUACGCAUGGGCGUCUACGAUCCAGAUAUAUACAACUUCAAAGAAAUCAACCGUGCUGGAGGAUUAAUGCAACAAAUAGUACUCAAUGAGGAUGAUGAUGCCAUUAUCAAUGGGGUUAUUCAUAUCCUAGACCUCACCGAUGUCAGGAUGGCUCACAUGACACAGAUGACACCCUCAUUUGCUAAAAAGAUGACAGUAUUCCAGGAGGAGGCUCUUCCCACGCGCACUAAGGCAACCCACUUCAUCAACACUCCCGCGGGAUUCGAAAAGGUCUUUAAUAUGUUCAAACCCAUGAUGUCCAAGAAGCAACAGGGUCGUCUUCAUGUGCACGGCAACAAUUUUGAGACACUGUACAAGCAAAUACCACAAAAGUAUUUGCCCAUUGAAUAUGGUGGAGAAAACGGUUCACUGACGGAACUAAUCAAGGAAUGGGAAGAACGCAUAUUGGCCUAUAGGAAUUACUGGGUUGAGGAGGAGAACUAUGGAACCGAUGAGAGUCUCCGACCCGGUAAACCCGUUGAUUUCGAGGGUCUAUUCGGAAUGGAGGGUUCUUUUAGGCAACUGAAUGUCGAUUGAGGCUAAAGUUUGAUCUAUAUAUAGCUCAAAAGCAGGUCUUAUCUAUAAGAAUAAGUAAGUUUCAAAUAUGUCAUUAAUAUUAUUAUGGCUAUUAGCGUAUCAGGCUUUGAUAAUAAACACUUAAUGAUUGU